CCCUCUCUGUCAUUGCAUCCAUUUUUGUGCAUUUAAGAAAUUACCAACCUGGAGGAAAGCGAACUAAACAGAGUGACAGAGGGGGGUUCAGGGCUCCAAAAGGAAAGCAAACAAGGACGCGCCGGGCAUCUCUUAUUCCAACAUGAGAGUGAAAGCCCUCUAAAGCGUGGCAGCGAUGGGUUAGGCAGGAUUUACCAUGUCUGCUAAAUAAAAGCCACCGUUUGCAAAAGAUGUCUGCUCCACGCGGGCCCCGGGGCGGCCCUGGCCCUGCUGCCGCCGCCGCUGCUGCUCCCUCAGCGGCCGGCGCCAUGCCGGAGAUGCCGGACCUCAGCCACCUCACCGAGGAGGAGAGGAAGAUCAUCCUCGGUGUCAUGGAGAGACAGAAGAAGGAGGAGGCUAAGGAACAGUCUAUGUUAAAGAUCAAAGAAGAACCAAAACUUCAGCAAGCACAGAAGUUACACCAGCAGUUUGAAUCGUAUAAGGACCAGGUUAAGAAGAUGGGGGAAGAGGGUAAGCCGGCUCAGGACCAAAAGAGCGAAGCCCCCACCUGUGGAAUAUGCCACAAAACGAAAUUUGCUGACGGCUGUGGUCACAUCUGUUCAUAUUGCCAAACAAAAUUCUGUGCUAGGUGCGGAGGACGCGUGUCUCUGCGGUCAAACAAGGAGGACAAAGUGGUUAUGUGGGUAUGCAACUUGUGCCGAAAACAACAAGAAAUCCUCACUAAAUCAGGAGCGUGGUUCUACGACUCAGAGCCCGGUCAGGUGCGUGGUGUGUUUGAGGGUGGGCCACAGGGAAAAAAGGCCAAACUACACGACCCAUCCCUGUAUGCCCACCAGGGAGCCUCAGGGGACUUUACACCAGCGUCAGACAGAAGCAGACUUCACGGUGGGCUCCUGCCUAGACAAGCAUCCCUAGACAAUGGAACAGGGCUGAGGUACUCAGGGCCCAGUGAUGCAACUAUAGACAGGAAACGAAGCCCAUCUGCAUCCAGGGACCCAAACCAAACAUACGACCAAAGGGAGGGGGGCGACCACCCACAGUAUGCACCCACAGAAGGCAGCAUGCCCAGAUCACCGUCAGACUAUGGGGAUGGGGACCCACGGCGGGUUCCGCAGGGCCCACACCUAUUCCCAGAUGUCGAUGCGAUGCGAAUGGGCUAUCGGGACCGUCGGGGACCUGGCCGCUGGCACUCCCAGGAAUAUCCACUUGACCAAGAGCUAGAUGGACCACCCAGUGACUUUGACAUCCAGCGUCAGCGCCAGGAGGAGUUUCAGGCGCGGUAUCGCAGCGAUCCAAAUCUGGCACGCUAUCCUGUAAAGCCUCAACCCUAUGAAGAGCAAAUGAGGAUGCAUGCUGAAGUGGGCCGGCUGAGGCAUGAGCGUCGGCACAGUGAUGUCUCCCUAGCGUACACAGAACAGGAUGACCCUGGCCCAAUUAGACUGUCCCGUCAGCAUCUCACCGAGCGCCGGCCGCCUAUGGUGGGACAGCGCUCAUACUCUGUUGAUCGGUCUUCCCCAGGACCCAUGGGUCAUAGCCUUGGAAGUCACAGAAACUCCAACCGCAGCCCCCCAACACCACAUCGGAGUCCUGUGCUUGGUGACCGGUCAGGGGACCUGCGAAGAGGAGAUCUAGGUGUUGGAGGGGAUUCCAUGAUGAGGCAGCAACACCACUUGGACCCCAAUUUGGCUGUCCAGAAGACCAAGAGGGAGAAGAUGGAGAGUAUGUUAAGGAAUGACUCUCUUAGCUCAGACCAGUCAGAGUCAGUGCGACCCCCACCCCCCAAGCCCCAUAAAACCAAAAAGGGUGGAAAGAUGAGGCAGGUGUCACUGAGCAGCUCAGAGGAGGAGCUGGCCACAACACCGGAGUACACAAGCUGUGAGGAUGUGGAGAUUGAGAGUGAGUCAGUCAGUGAAAAAGGGGAGAGUCAAAGGGGAAAAAGAAAAACUAUUGAGCAGGCAUUUAUAUCCGAGCCGACACACACCUUAUCUGAGAGGCAAAAGAAAAUGGUGCGCUUUGGGGGACACUCAUUUGAAGAGGACUUGGCAUGGUGUGAACCACAGGUUAAAGACUCGGGAGUUGAUACGUGCAGUAGCACUACCCUAAACGAGGAGCAUAGCCAUAGUGAGAAGCACCCGGUGACAUGGCAGCCAUCCAAAGACGGAGAUCGCCUUAUUGGCCGCAUUUUGCUCAACAAGCGUAUGAAAGAUGGAAGUGUGCCUCGAGACUCAGGAGCUCUACUUGGUCUAAAAGUAGUAGGAGGCAAGAUGACAGAAUCUGGCAGACUUUGUGCUUUUAUUACUAAAGUGAGGAAAGGAAGUCUAGCAGACACAGUUGGACACCUCAGACCAGGUGACCAGGUUCUGGAGUGGAAUGGACGGAUUUUACAAGGAGCCACAUUUAAAGAAGUUUACAAUAUCAUAUUAGAAUCCAAGCCUGAGCCUCAGGUGGAGCUAGUGGUCUCACGGCCUAUAGGAGAUAUUCCAAGGAUACCUGACAGCACACAUGCACAACUGGAAUCAAGUUCAAGCUCUUUUGAGUCUCAAAAGAUGGAUCGCCCCUCAAUCUCUGUCACAUCCCCUAUGAGUCCCAGUAUGCUGCGGGACGCCCCUCAGUACCUUUCAGGACAGCUCUCAAGCCAAAGCCUUAGUAGAAGAACAACGCCUAUUGCCCCUAGGGUCCAGGUCAAACUCUGGUAUGACAAAGUGGGUCAUCAGCUAAUAGUAACCAUUCUGGGUGCCAGAGAUCUGCCACCCAGGGAAGAUGGUCGGCCCAGGAACCCUUAUGUCAAAAUCUACUUCCUGCCUGAUAGAAGUCUGAAUUAUUGUUCCUCCAGUGAUAAAAGCAAGAGGAGAACAAAAACAGUAAAGAAAUCCUUAGAGCCCAAAUGGAAUCAGACCUUUAUGUAUUCGCCGGUCCACCGGCGGGAGUUCCGUGAGCGGAUGCUGGAGAUCACAUUGUGGGACCAAGCCAGGGUCAGGGAAGAGGAGAGUGAAUUUUUGGGGGAGAUUCUUAUCGAGUUGGAGACAGCUCUCUUAGAUGAUGAACCUCACUGGUACAAGUUACAAACACAUGACGUGUCAUCCAUGCCACUCCCACGUGCCUCCCCUAAUGUACAACACAGGCAGCUCCACGGAGAGAGUUCAACACGGCGACUGCAGAGAUCGCAGAGGAUAAGUGACAGCGAGAUAUCAGAUUAUGAUUGUGAAGAUGGAGUAGGGGUCAUAACAGAUUAUAGGCCAAAUGGGAGAGACUUCCGGAGCUCCACCUUGUCUGUCCCGGAGCAGAUUAUGUCGUCUAACCACUGCUCUCGGUCAACUGACAUAAACCGGGCACGGUCGCGCUCUCCAAGUGUUCCACCAUCCUCCAGCCGCAACCAUCGUGUGUACCCAAUCUGCAGAGAGGAAGCAAUCAGGUUAUUGCGUUCCACUCGGAUGACCCGUGCCUAUUCUGAUGGCGCCUACUCCUCCGACUUUGACUAUGAGAGGAAUCGCGGAGCCAUGGAUAGACACGAGUUUCACAGCAGGUCCCGUUCUGCAGACCAGAGACCCACUAUAGAACGCCUCUCGUCCCGUUCGCGCUCCUCUGAACGCCCUCACGACUCUUCACUCAUGAGAUCGAUGCCGUCUCUGCCAUCUGGGAGGUCCGCACCCCCCUCCCCUGCCAUGACGAGGGCACAUCCUCGCAGUGGAUCUGUCCAGAUCAGUCCCACCAGUACUCCCAUGUCCAGUAGACGAGGGCGACAACUCCCACAGCUUCCACCCACAGGAACAGAUAGAAAAGACACGGACUUACCAAGUUGGACGAACUCAGGUAUGGACAUGGAGGAGAAGACCAGACAGAUGAAGUUAAAGUUGAACAAGUACAAGCAGGGAGCCAGCUCUGACUCCAGACUCGAACAAGACUUCCACAAGCGCUUAGGCAGAGACCCACGGGGCUCUGACAAUUUGUCAGCCAAAUCAUCGGACAGUGAUGUAAGCGACGUGUCCGCUGUAUCGAGAACCAGCAGUGCCUCUCGGUUCAGCAGCACGAGCUACAUGUCUGUCCAAUCAGAAAGACCGCAAGGAAACCGCAAGAUUCGCCACUUGCAUUCAAGAAGGCAUUCAUGGGAAGUAGAUGAGCAGUUAGGAGAGGUGCAGGAGGAAGAUGAGGCUGGACACAGGGGAAGAGAGACUAGUAAAGAGGAGAGGGAGCAGGGUGAGAUCAAAGAGUCAGGGAGUAAGAUAGAGAGAGACCAGGAGCAUCAGGAAGAUGUCAUGGCUAAAGAAGAGGACUUGCACAAAAGGAGUGCCUCAGAGACUAACCUCAGGCAGAUGGGCACUUCCGGUGGAGUGAACAUGACCAAGAGCACAAGCAUCAGCGGCGACAUGUGUAACCUGGAGAAGAUGGACGGCAGUCAGUCGGACACAGCGGUUGGCACGGUAGGCACUGACAACAAGAAGAGGCGCCCCAGCAUUGGUGCCAAAAUGCAGGCCAUGGUUGGCAUGUCGCGCAAGAGCCGGAGCACCUCUCAGCUCAGCCAAACAGAAGCAGGAGGUAAGAAGUUGCGGAGCACCGUUCAGAGGAGUACAGAGACGGGCCUGGCAGUGGAGAUGAGGAGCAGGAUGACUCGACAGGCCAGUCGGGAGUCCACGGAUGGGAGCAUGAAUAGCUACAGCUCAGAGGGAAACCUCAUCUUCCCCGGUGUGAGGCUCUCCUCAGACGCUCAGUUCAGUGACUUCCUGGACGGUCUCGGACCUGCCCAACUGGUUGGGCGUCAGACUUUGGCUACUCCACCAAUGGGAGACAUCCAAAUAAGCAUGGUGGAGAAAAAAGGAGCCCUAGAGGUUGAGGUAAUCAGAGCCCGGGGCCUUGUGGGUAAACCAGGAUCCAAGGCACUGCCAGCACCAUAUGUAAAGGUCUACCUUUUGGAAAACGGAGCCUGCAUAGCCAAAAAGAAAACUAAAGUAGCAAGAAAAACACUGGAUCCUCUCUACCAGCAGCAACUGCCGUUUGAGGAGAAUCCAGGAGGCAAAGUUUUACAGGUCAUUGUCUGGGGGGACUAUGGACGUAUGGACCAUAAAUCCUUCAUGGGAGCAGUCCAGAUCCUGUUAGACGACCUGGACCUGUCCAACAUGGUGAUCAGCUGGUACAAGCUCUUCCCUCCUUCCUCACUAGUGGACCCUACUCUGGCCCCACUGACAAGAAGAGCAUCCCAAUCCUCACUGGACAGUUUCUCUCGAUCAUAGCAGCGUGCGGACUAAUAGCGUUGUUGUAGCAGCCAGUUUUGCGAUUACAGGUCACGAGCCCCGGUUACACUGCAUGCUUGAUGUUGUGUCUUCUGAGCCUGUUUCUAGGGGUGCAAACGUGAUCCUGUGUUUUAAGCAAAAACGUUGCGCACAUUGUGCACGUGGCAAAGCGUGUUGCAAGCACCCAGCGGCAGGGAUUGCCAGGUGUUGUCAUUCGGAGGAAGCCGGGAUGAACUCCUUAGCACGAGGAACUUAUCAGUUCCAGGUUUUCUUCCAAUUCGAAGCCAUGGGGCUCAACACUGGGAACCAAUAAAUAAGUUCUACAGAGGCUCCUUUAGAUUGAAAAAAAUCAAUGUUAUUUUAAUUUUUUGUUUGUUUCCUUUCGGUUUUUUUUGUUUCUUUAAAUGUCUGUGUACUUUUAUCUGAAUAGGGUGACGGUGUUUCUAACCAGAUGCUUGGUCACACCAUGCCAACGCACCUAGCUACAUAAAUGCAGUUGUGGAGAUCAACACUUUCAAAGGGGGUGUCUUAGUCCUCCUCCAACAUGCAAGAGAAAUGAAUUGCAUCCUCUGGGUUUAUGUGCUGAUCCGUCUUUGCUGGUAAAUCACCAGUUAAUCAGGGGCAAUACUGAUGUGGCCACCACCAACACUCCAGAAUAUACAGUAGCGAUCCCAACCCAAUAAAAAAGUACAAUCUUUUAUUUUCUUUCUUUCUUGAUAUAUCGUAUGGAAAUCCAAUUGUGAAAUUAUUUUCCCUUUUUAGUUCAUUUGCAUGGGCACAAACUUAGCUGAAUUAAAAAAAAAUAUAUAUUUAUAUUUUGAGGCUGCAACUUGCAAAAAAGAUGAAGAAAAAUAAAUAAAACAGAUCAGCCAUUUUCAAUAAUUUAUAUUAUUUUUAAAGAAGAAUUUCACUAGUGCAUGGUUUUCAAGGGGAGUGAAUGCAACAUUGUGACAAAAAAGACAUUGUUUAUCAUUCUUUAGACCAUUCAUGAGUCUGUGUUUUACAAACAUUCAGAUAAGGGAACUUAAAAAAUAAACGUUUGGAGUUAUUUAAGAAAAAAGCGACAAUGGAAAUAAAUGUUAGAUAUUUAUUUCAUUGUAAAAGCUCCAGCCUUAUAAAGAUAAACAUUAUGUGCAAAUUGUACAUUUCUCUUUUUCUUCCUUGUCCCAUGGUACUUCUCUUUGUAGUAUUCACUGCUACCAUCAGUUAGUCCCCUGAUAUUGUCCAAAUUUUAGGACUCGUAGUUACUUUACAGUUCUGCAUAUUUUGUUUUGAAUUGAAUUUGAUUUUACAAGCAUGUUGAAAAGGAUUUUCUGCAACAUGUCUUGGGCACACCUUACAGUAACUCAGCAUGUUUUGAUAAACAAUGAUAUUUGGAGUUUUUGCAGAUUCUUGUACAGUGCAUGUGAACUUUAUUACUUUUCUCCCUCACAAUUAAUUGAGCAGCAAAUUAGUUGUUGGUCUUCCACGGCCAGUUAUUGAGGUUUAAAAAAAAAUACAUUCCACCCCCAAAGUCACAUUUUCGUUCAGAUUUUUGAGGGAAAAAAGAGAAAGAGAAAAAUGUUUUAUAUUUUAUCAAAGCAGGCAAAGUAAAUGUGAUUUCAAAGUAUAUUUAUUUUGAUGCUGUUGACAGAUAAACAUGCAAAAAUUAUCCUUUCUGGUGCACCAAGACAUCUGUACGUAAUCAAGGGGCGGCAACCAAUCAAGAGCUGUGGGACGCUGUGGUUUAGUUUUACAAGCACUCUUAGUGAAGAUGAGCAGAUCACAAGUUUAAAUAAUAAUAAGGGAUAUUGCCACAGAAAACAUUUUCCUUCUUUUUUUGAAUGAAAAAAAAAUUAAUUUACUAUAUUUUUGUUAGUUUUAUUUUAAAGCCAAGACCAGUUUAUUUUUUAUUUUAUAUUUUUAGUAAUUACAAAUACUUCCCAUGUUUGGGAGGUAUAUGAGUCUUACAGUUGCAGUAUGUCUGAAUGAAAUGGAACUGAGGCAUUGUUCCUGUUUCCACAUGAGAAAAAUACCUUUUAAUAUCUAAAAUCAUCCUCGUCCCUGUAACAGAAUGCAGUAUAUAUUUUCAAUUUAAUGCUCACUGUAUAUACCUUUAGAUGUCAGAAUUUGAAUAAACCAUAAACAGAUAGAUAUAUUCUCUUUUGGAGCAGGAAAAAUGCCUCAGGAUGACGAAGACAUAUGUUAUUUAUCCUUUUGAAUGCCUUUGGAUUUCUCUUUUUGGUGCAAUGUGUUAAUGCCAAGGCUAUGUCUUGGUGAAGUAUGGUUGAGUACAGAGAUUUAUGUAAGUUAUUUUUCAAAUUAAAAAUAAAUGAAAAUUGAUAUUACAUUGAUA